CUCUGACUGAAGCACAAUCGCACACACUCUGACUGAAGCACAUUCGCACAUACUUGAACUCUUAGUCAAGGUCUGGACCCCACCUCUUCUCACAGGUGUGCAGAGCUCCUGUCUGCUGCCAUGACUUCCUCCCUCCUCUGGGUGGCGCUGUGUCUUCUCCUCCCAAGCCCCUUCAGGGCCUUCAAACCCCUCUUCUCCCUGGACGGGGACUCCCUCACCCACCGCCAGAUCACGGUGAGGGCCGUCCUGCGGAAGACAGCCGAGGCCUGCCAAUCCCUCGCCACGGCCGAGGGGCGGGGCUUCAGCUUGACGAUUGAUGACAGCCUGACGGUGACUAAGGUUCAGAGGGCGUGUUCCUCCGACGGCUCAGCCCUCCUUUCCUUCAUCGCGUUCCACACCGCCGUUGCCAAACUGUAUUUUAGCAACGCGCUUGUGGACGUCGCCAUGGCGCUGAGUGAGAAGCAUCACUUUGAUGACGAGGCGUUCUCGGGAGGCCGUGAUGUCAUAACCUCAGGAGUAUCUGCCGUGAAGGAGAGUGUGAAAGCUCAGCGCUUCCUCUCAGGCAGACUGGUUCUGGGACGCGUCUGUCACACACUGCAGGAUUUUUACAGUCACAGUAACUGGGUGGAGCUGGGAAACAGGGUCCCUUACACAACCCUCAUACGACCUGACCUUCCUCUCUCCAACCUGGCAGACCCCAGUACUCCGACUUGUAGGAACUGUGUGGCAGGAAACUGUAGUGACAACAUCCUGUCUGAGGUUCUACAGCAGGGCCUGCUCACAUCAGGGUACUUCAACCUUUUGUCCUCCGCCAAGCCUGCAGGUAAAUGCAGUCACGGGGGCUUGUUCGACCAGACCAGUGGUCAGGAUGCGGUGGGAGGGAUCAACAAGGAUGACGUGGGUGCAAGUCAUGGUCACAUGCACCAUGUGGCGGCGGAGGUGGCGGUUGACGCUACGACAGAGCUGCUAGAGGACCUCAGGGCCUUCGCUGGUGACCGAGACUUCCUACGUCUGAUGGGCCUAUCCCAGUCCUCGGUGUUGUGUUUCGUCAUCGACACCACAGGCAGCAUGAAGGAUGACAUUGCAGAGGCCAAGCGUGUCUCCUUCUCCAUCAUCGACAGCAGGAGAGGAAGCCAGCAGGAGCCCUCCGCCUACAUCCUGGUGCCCUUCAACGACCCUGGUUUUGGCCCUUUAUUAAUGACCACAGAUGCCAACAUUUUCAAGCAGAAGAUCAAUGAGCUGCAAGCAAAAGGCGGCGGGGACAUACCAGAAUUAUGUCUGUCUGGACUACAGCUUGCCCUCACAGGGGCACCUCCGUCUUCUGAGAUCUUUGUGUUCACGGAUGCUCCGGCCAAAGACGUCGCCUUGAAGAGCACAGUCACUGCCCUCAUAGAGAGCACCAAGUCUGUGGUGACCUUCAUGUUGACUGACAAUCUCCGCUCCAGCCGCCGGCGUCGUAGGGACACGGUGGGCGGGACUUCCAACCGUCUGGCCGAAUCGGACGCCCAGCUGUACCGGGACCUGGCCCGGGCCUCAGGAGGGCAGGCCAUCGAGGUCACCAAGGCCGAACUCCCCCAGGCCACCAGCGUCAUCCAGGACGCCUCCGGCAACGCUCUGGUGACAGUAUUCCAGGUCUCCAGAACACCAGGAAAGCCUGAGAACUUCACCUUCAGUGUGGACAGCUCCAUUCAGAACCUGACCAUCUACAUCACUGGAGGAUCCCUGUCCUUCACCAUGAGCAGCCCAACAGGUGUGUCUCAGAACAGCCAGACCAGCGGUCCUUUGGGUACCAUGGCAACCGUGGGAAACCUUCGCCGCAUCAGGCUCAACAGCGCCAACCAGACAGGAUCAUGGGAAAUCUGUAUCAUCUCAACGGAAUCCUAUACACUGAAGGUCAUAGGCCAGAGCUCUUUUAAUUUCAUUUACAAUUUUGUGGAGGAAAACACUGGAGCUCAUGGAGACUUCAGUCUGAAAGAGGGACGUCCUCUCUCAGGCGCCAAUGUCAGCCUGUUGGUGACGGUGACAGGAAGUGACACGGUCACGGUGUCAGAGGUCUCCCUGGUGGAUGCCUCAGGGUCACGAGAGGUCAACGGAACCCUGAGGUCGCUAGGGGGAGGCAGCUUCCUGGUAACGCUGGCAGAAGUUCCGGAGGGGGAGUUUGCGGUGCGCCUGAGGGGGGAAGACAGCGCCCCCUCCAGGUCACAGCCAGGAAGUGGCUUCCAGAGACAGGCCUCCACACAAGUCAAGACCUCCAGCUUCUCUGUCACUGCUCUGUCCAACUCCACGGUUCUAGAACCUGGUUCCACCGUCUCCCUCCGCUUCACGGUGACAGCCGCCAACGGAACCAGUGGAACGUUUGCCGUCCGUGCCACCAACGAUCGCGGCUUCGUCUCCGCCUCCCUGGCCACCAUCUCCACGACAAUCGGGGGAACGGCCGAGGGCACGGUGACCCUGACGGCACCCGCGUCAACCGCCUCGGGAACGGACAUCACCGUGACGAUUGAGGUGGAGAACACUGGAACGUCAGACACCAACUACGCCGUCCUACAACUCUCCGUGGUCACCAAGAUUACAGAUUUUACCCCUCCCCAGUGCCAGGCAGUUACGGUAUCGGCUUCCAACUGCCCUGUUGUCUGUAGCCAUGGCGACGCCAUCUGGGAGCUCUCCGCUAACGUCACCGAUGGCAACGGCACCGGUGUGGACCGGGUCACCCUCCGCCUCGGCAACGGGACCCUCAAUACCAGCACGGCGACCGGGGCCGGGGGGGAGAACGUCACGGUGGUGUCCUACACCGCCCCCUGCUGCUCCGACGCGGUGGAGCUCGUGGUCAUCGACCGGGCAGGGAACGUCGGCAGGUGUGCGGCCUCAAUCGGCAAAGCCGUUACCGCGACGACGCUCGCCACAACUCCGGCUCCCGGCGCCAAUGUCACAGGCAGCCCUGUAGUUGCGACAACAUCCUCUGGGGGGCGCUGCGCCUCUCUGUCCCUGGGGCUGGGUGUUGCGUUAUGUCUGCUCCUGGGUGGUCUACUAUAAAGAAGACUUAGAGAAGAGCUCGUCUCUGUUGCUGUUGAAAUCAGGGUAGUGACCAGGGGAGUUUACAUGUCCAGCACCCACAGAUUUCAGAUUUCUUACAAUGUUUAUAUAAAUAUCAUUUUAAGAUGGGACCUCCCAAAAAUAUAAUUCUGGCUCCGCUUUUUGUUGAAUCAGAAUCAGAAAGGGUUUUAAUCGCCAUGAAAGUUUGCACAGACAAGGAAUUUACUUUGACAGGAAGGUGUAUACAUUCAACAUUCACAGGAAUCUUAACUUAAUAAAUAUGUCUACUUAUACUAAAGGUACAAAGUCUCACUAAUCCUAAGGGGCUAGUAUGUAAAAUGUUGAAUAAAAAUAUGAAAUAUUAAAUGGCCAUAAUAUACAAUAUAAAAAUACAAAUAGUGCUAAAAAUACAAAUAGUGCAAAUUUGAAUAUGGAAAGGUGUUAUUGUACAGAUAGUGGUUAAAAUUAAUAUGCAUAAAAUGUUGCCACCGUCUAAGUCGUCAUACUGGCCCCAUGCGAAGAUGUGACAAGAAUAUUGAGCUUGUUAUGUGUAAAGCAACGUUUUGAAGGAAUAAUGGAUUUGGGUACAAAUCAGUAAAGAGGUAACUGUGGUGUACGCAUCUUUUUCUUUUACAUACAACUGUCUGUUCUUGGUGUAAAAUUAAUAUUGUGGAUGUGAUGUAGCAUAUUGAUACAGUUCACAAAGCGAAAAAAGCUAUUACUGUAAGCACGAUCGAACUAAGCUGUAAAACGUGGGUCAUUAUGUAUAUAUAUAUAUUCAAAAUAUGUACCGCGUAUCACUAUGUCUAUGUGACUUCUUUUUUUUCUGCCUCUGUUGUUCUUCCUCUUUUUCGGAACUGUUAGCAGGGUCACUACUCACUUCAACCACUAGAGGUCCUCACAUCUCCACUCAGCACAGCAACCGUAGCUAGGAAGUGAUCUGGUUCUAUUUUCAUUUUGGCUGUCAUGUCUUUUGGAUUUUAUUAAUCAAAGCAAUUUGAAAUAUAUUAAAUGAAAGAAAGAUUUUUAA